ACUGCUGUAGUUCUCUGUAUUCUUGCCCUGGGCGAGAUCUGCUUACACAAGGAACGUAUCCCCGAUAUCGUUCCAACGCAUGGCGAGAUGCAAGGUCAAGGUUCCUUCAACUCUCAACCCUACCCCUCUCAAGGUUCCUCGGCCUCUAGGAAUGGUGUGCCACCAUCCCCCGUCCAAGGGACGCCGCCUUCGGUAGUUUGGCCCCCGACAGGUAGCAGGCGAGCCUCUUCUGGUUCUACAUCAGAGCAUAUGAAGAGAAACAUCGAUGUGAUUCCGGGUCUGCAAUACCUAGCCAAUGCCACCGACAUUAUGGGCAAUCAAAUGGCAGGGACGUCGGCAUGGCACGUGUACGCCAGUAUUUUGGCUGGUCUUUACUACGGCCAAUUGAGCAGGGUUAUGGAGAGUUACUGGCAUAUCCAUGAUGCCUGUAUCAAGGCCCAGCAUCUUCUUAAGGACCACUUCUCCCGUCUCACUGCUGCAAACAGCCAAACACAAGACAUCAAAGACACCCGCGACAUUAUUGCCGAGUUGAACCUACAGCAGUCGGGCAUCAGCAAGUACGAGCAGCGCAUGCCAACCCCUAAUUUGAAACACAUGAUCGAAUGUGGGAUCGACCAGCGUGUCGUCUACGGCUAUCACGCGCAAAUAUGGCUACGGAAGACACUCAACAAGGCGCACACAGCGCUAUAUGGACCCAAGUCUGAAAGAGAGGGAUACAUCCUGAUAGAUUUGGUGAAAAUCCUAUACUCGAACCUGACAGACAGUGAAGGUCUUUGGUGGCCAAAUUUUCAUGACCAUGAUCCCCAGACUCCGGCCGACAACAUCCUCGACGCUAGACUGAGAGCAAAGUAUUGGGGCGCCAUGAACAUCACUUGCCGGCCAGUCAUCAAAUCUAUACUGAUGCGAGAUUAUCAGGGGAUGCAGGAAGGGCUCGACAUGACCGAUCCCCUGAAUGAGCUCCUCGAUCCCAACGACAAAACUGUUUUGG